AUGUCCGAUAGUGUCGAUAUUGAAGAGAAACCGCCAGCCCCUCCCUUGAGAAUGAACAGUAGUUCCCGAGACUCAUCAGUGAAUCACGGCUCCAAACCUCUCCCAAUGGCUCCUGAAGAGAAGAACAAGAAGGUCCGCCUGCGCUCCAUCUUCCCUGGAGGAGACAAGAGUGAGUAGACAUCUGCAUCACCCUUUACUAUAGAACUAGGGCCCUGAGUUUGUCCUGACCACGUGACCUAAACAGGAAAAACUAGGCCUGGAGUUGUUUUGGUUUUCCAGGAAAAACUCUGUGCCCAAGACAUCACCACUGGCUCACAAGGUCAAGUGACAACAAGGAACCCGUUGAUCAGUGUUUUAUUAGGGUUAGGAGCCUCCUCUGAGCUAUGCAAUUUGAGAUAUGGGUAUUGUAUUUAUUCUUUAGCUCUGCCCUCAGCAAAAAAGUGAAAGAAUCUGCUAGAGCCAUAUAAUCCUUGUAAACACGGUUCUUACUCUAAAAAUAUUGAAAAUCACUGUUCAAGAAUAAUGACACCGAUUUUAACAUACAGUGCCUUCGGAAAGUAAUCAGACCCCUUGACUUUUUCCACAUUUUGUUAGGUUACAGCCUUAUUCUAAAAUGUAUUAAAUUGUUUUUUCCCCUCAUCAAUCUACACACAAUACCCCAUAAUGACAGAGCUAAAACAGGUUUUUAGACAUUUUUACUAAUUUAUUAAAAAUACAAAACUGAAAUAUUACAUUCACAUAAGUAUUCAGACCCUUUACUCAAUACUUUGUUGAAGCACCUUUGGCAGCGAUUACAGCCUUGAGACUUCUUGGGUAUGACACUACAAGCUUAGAGCACCUAUAUUUGGGGAGUUUCUCCCAUUCUUCUCUGCAUAUCCUCUCAAGCUCUGUCAGGUUGGAUGGGGAGCGUUGCUGCACAGCUAUUUUCAGGUCUCUCCAGAGAUGUUAGAUCGGGUUUAAGUCCGGUCUCUGGCUGGGCCACUUGUCCCGAAGCCACUCCUGCGUUGUCUUGGCUGUGUGCUUAGGGUCGUUGUCCUGUUGGGAGGUGAACCUUCGCCCCAGUCUGAGGUCCUGAGCGCUCUGGAGCAGGUUUUCAUCAAGGAUCUCUCUGUACUUUGCUCCGUUCAUCUUUGCCUCAAUCCUGACUAUUCUCCCAUCCCCACAGCAUGAUUGUGCCACCACAAUGCUUCACCAUAGGGAUGGUGCCAGGUUUCUUCCAGACGUGACACUUGGCAUUCAGGCCAAAGAGUUCAAUCUUGGUUUCAUCACACCAGAGAACCUUGUUUCUCAUGGUCUGAGAGUCUUUAGGUGCCUUUUGGCAAACUCCAAGCGGGCUGUCAUGUGCCUUUUACUGAGGAGUGGCUUCCGUCUGGCCACUCUACCAUAAAGGCCUGAUUGGUGGAGUGCUGCAGAGAUGGUUGUUCUUCUGGAAGGUUCUCCCAUCUCCACAGAGGAACUCUAGAGCUCUAUCAGAGUGACUAUCGGGUUCUUGGUCACCUCCCCCGAAUGCUCAGUUUGUCCGGGCGGCCAGCUCUAGGAAGGCUCUUCUUCCAUUUAAGAAUGAUAGAGGCCACUAUGUUCUUGGGGACCUUCAAUGCUGCAGAAAUGUUUUUGGUACCCUUCCCCAGAUCUGUGCCUCGACACAAUCCUGUCUCGGAGCUCUACGGACAAUUCCUUCGACCUCAUGGCUUGGUUUUUGCUCUGACAUGCACUGUUAACUGUGGGACCUUAUAUAGACAGGUGUGUGCCUUUCCAAAUCAUGUCCAAUCAAUUGAAUUUACCACAGGUGGAUUCCAAUCAAGUUGUAGAAACAUCUCAAGGAUGAUCAAUGGAAACAGGAUGCACCUGAGCUCAAUUUCGAGUCUCAUAGGGGAAGGGGUCUGAAUACUUUCCGAAUGCACUGUAUUAUUGUAGCUAGGUCUGUUCUAUCAAUCAACACACACUACAGAAAUGUCGAGUCUCAUAGCAAAGGGGUAUUGUGUGUAGAUUGCUGAGGAUUGUUUAAACAUUUUUUUUAUUUUAUUUAGAAUAAGGCUGUAAUGUAACAAAAUGUGGAAAAAGUCAUGGGGUCUGAAUACUUUCCGAAGGCACUGUAUAUCUCUUUAAAAUCCCUGUGUAUGUAUUAGAAAUAGAUCUGAAUGUUCUUUUGUUCCCCUAUGCAGCAAACAAGAAGAAGGAGAAGGAGCGUCCUGAGAUCUCCCUGCCUUCAGACUUUGAGCACACCAUACAUGUCGGUUUUGACGCUGUUACAGGAGAGUUCACUGUAAGUUUCAGUUUCAAGUUGUAUUAGUCAUAUGUACGGGAUACACAUGGUAUACACCGUCUAACGAAAUGCUUACUUGCAGGUUCCUUCUCGACAAUGUAAAAACAAUAAGAAAUAAUAAAAGAUAAGAAUACGAACAUAAAGUAAAUGGCUCAGUAGAAUAGAAGAAACAUUUUAUCUUAAGUAUAAUAAUGAAAGGCAGUACAUCCUUGAGUGACAGAUCAAGGUAUUUCCAGUGCAUAUACACUACUGUUCAAAAGUUUGGGGUAACUUAGAAAUGUCCUUGUUUAACAAUUUUUUUGUCCAUUAAAAUAACAUCAAAUUGAUCAGAAAUACAGUGUAGACAUUGUUAAUGUUGUAAAUGGCUAUUGUAGCUGGAAACAGCUGAUUUUUAAUGGAAUAUCUAUUAAACAUAGGCGUACAGAGGCCCAUUAUCAGCAACCAUCAGUCCUGUGUUCCAAUGGCACGUUGUGUUUGCUAAUCCAAGUUUAUCAUUUUAAAAGGCUAAUUGAUCAUUAGGAAACCCUUUUGCAAUUAUGUUAGCACAGCUGAAAACUGUUGUGCUGAUUAAAGAAGCAAUAAAACUGGCCUUCUUGAGACUAAUUGAGUAUCUGGAGCAUCUGCAAUUGUGGGUUCGAUUACAGGCUCAAAAUUGCCAGAAACAAAGAACUUUCUUCUGAAACUCUAUUCUUGUUCUGAGAAAUGAAGGCUAUUCCAUGCGAGAAAUUGCCAAGAAACUGAAGAUCUCGUACAACGCUGUGUACUACUCCCUUCACAGAACCGCGCAAACUGUCUCUAACCAGAAUAGAAAGAGGAGUGGGAGGCCCCGGUGCACAACUGAGCAAGAGGACAAAUACAUGAGUGUGUCUAGUUUAAGAAACAGACGCCUCUCACUCUAGCAGCUUCAUUAAAUAGUACCCGCAAAACACCAGUCUCAACGUUAACAGUGAAGAGGCGACUCCGGGAUGCUGACCUUCUAGGCAGAGUUGCAAAGAAAAAGCCAUAUCUCAGACUGGCCAAUAAAAAGAAAAGUUUAAGAUGGGCAGUCUGAGAUAUGGCUUUUUCUUUGCAACUCUGCCUAGAAGGUCAGCAUCCCGGAGUCGCCUCUUCACUGUUGACGUUGAGACUGGUGUUUUGCGGGUACUAUUUAAUGAAGCUGCCAGUUGAGGACCUGUGAGGCACCUGUUUCUCAAACUAGACACUCUAAUGUAUUUGUCCUCUCGCUCAGUUGUGCACCGGGGCCUCCCACUCCUCUUUCUAUUCUGGUUAGAGCCAGUUUGCGCUGUUCUGUGAAGGGAGUAGUACACAGCGUUGUACGAGAUUUUCAGUUUCUUGGCAAUUUCUCGCAUGGAAUAGCCUUCAUUUCUCAGAACAAGAAUAGACUGACGAGUUUCAGAAGAAAGUUCUUUGUUUCUGGCCAUUUUGAGCCUGUAAUCGAACCCACAAAUGCUGAUGCUCCAGAUACUCAACUAGUCUCAAGAAGGCCAGUUUUAUUGCUUCUUUAAUCAGCACAACAGUUUUCAGCUGUGCUAACAUAAUUGCAAAAUAGUUUUCUAAUGAUCAAUUAGCCUUUUAAAAUGAUAAACUUGGAUUAGCAAACACAACGUGCCAUUGGAACACAGGACUGAUGGUUGCUGAUAAUGGGCCUCUGUAUGCCUAUGUAGAUAUGCCAUUACAAAUCAGCCAUUUCCAGCUACAAUAGACAUUUACAACAUUAACAAUGUCUCCACUGUAUUUCUGAUCAAGUUUAUGUUAUUUUAAUGGACAAAACAAGGACAUUUCUAAGUGACCCCAAACUUUUGAAUGGUAGUGUAUUUAUACAGUAUACAGUAUAUCACAGACAAGGAAGUUAUCUAGUGGUAGCUAUGAGUACACCCUUAAAUGGCAGAUCCCCCAUAUUACCACUACUUGUUAAUUAUAACCCAGACAUGAAAAGGUGUGCAGUGGUAGCGAUGAGUUCAAAGAAUGGAUCUAACCCAUGACCUAUGACCUUUGAUCUCUCUCCACCAGGGCAUCCCAGAGCAGUGGGCGCGCCUCCUUCAGACCUCCAACAUCACCAAGCUGGAACAGAAGAAGAACCCUCAGGCCGUGCUGGACGUGCUUAAGUUCUACGACUCCAAAGAGACGGUCAACAACCAGAAAUACAUGAGUUUCACCUCUGGAGGUAAGAACAUACAAACACACAAUGCCCAGACGCUGCUGUCUUACAUUUUCUGAAUAAAGAAUAUGCUACUGAGCAAAAGCUUUGACUAUUUAUGGAAGAGUCUACAUGCGGAUCUGUCAGCGUGUUGUCAAUGUAAGAGAAUGGGACGUCUGGCAAUGAUUCCUUUCUCUUUCAGACAAAUCAGCACAUGGAUACAUAGCAGCCAACACUCUGGUAAGUGCUCAUUCAUUUCAAACAUGUUCCUUUCCUCUCAACAACUAAUUAGCCCACAUUUAUUGAAAGAAAAAGAAAUAUUAGCUUACAUGAGUUGUAGUACUCUCUACUCAGCUGUAGUGUGCUGUGGAGCUUUUGUAAGGACUGUAAGCCAGACUGUCUAUUAUCAUUACCCUGACCUCACAUGACUGUCUCAGAGUCUAAACGUCCCUUUGGAAAUCAGCCUAAUGACUCUCUCUGGGCUGCCACAAUGUCUCAGAGUAUUUUAAUAAUGAACCAUUCUGUCAUAUUUCAUAUCUUUUGAAAACCAUUGUCCCUAUAGGACCUUAAUCGGUAGUUGUGUACGGGUAACUGUCUACACAAGUGAUGGAACCAAUCUCCUCACUGUAUGUUAACUAGACAGGUAAGUUGCUAUUGACUAAACAUUCUUUGGACAGUGUCGCUGUCAGAGUAAUGUUUCAUUGGUGGACUGAGAAAGAAGACUCAGAGGUCGUGUGCACUCACCUGCAUUCAGUCUUUCUGUCUGUUGGUACUUUACCGCUUGGGUGUGAAGAGUCUGAGCUCUUUCUCUAUUAUGGUUUUGUUAUGUCUGGAGAAGGCUGUUGUUCCCAGGCGGUGGUGCCGGCCUGUUGACUCCCAGCACUCUGAGGGUCCUGAUGAAGUGUUGGUAGAGCAGGUCAGUAAGGAGCUAGUUCAGAGCCUGGCAGUGGGUACCACACCUCUGAAUCGCUCAGCCCUCUGAUAUAUGUAAUAAUAUGGUGGCGUUAAGUCACUGUCCAGAAGCAAAAGGUUCUGCCACUAGUAUCACUGUAUUGAUCACCUUGGCAUCUCCAUCUAUGUCAGCAGCUAGGUCUGGUCAUUAGGAGAAGGUCCCCAAAAUAUGAUUUGUGUCUCUUCACCCAUGAAAAUCUCUCCUCAGUUGAUAUGUGAGGAUCCAUUAAUCUGUAGUUAGAUGUUGAUGAUAUAAAUUAGUCCCCAUCCCUCUGUAGCGGUCCCCUGCCCUCUGCCCUGUCCCAUCCCUCUAUAGUCCAAUCCAUUGUUCUGUAAUGUUGUGUGGGUCUGUGUUCAGUAAAUCCUCCCAUUUUCAACCUUCACAUUCAGAACCGACUGCUGUCGUCUGGGCCUCCUGUCAGCCUUAGAACCUGCAGCGCAUUAUUUGACAAGGUAACUCCUCCAUAUUACUUUCCACAUACCUCUACAUUGGCUAUACUCUAAAUUGAACCAUUUUGCACUCUUAAUGUUGUUGAUGCUAGAUUUGCCCAGAUAUCCAGACUCCAUUGGAUGAAAAUAAACAUGACUUACCAAUGAACACAACUUACCAUCUGCAAAUGUUUGAGAUUUUAGAGACAUCAUCAUUCUCUAUAUUUAAAUUGGAUCUGGCAAAAUUUUCUAAUGUAAUGGAUGCUUCUCUAUUUCACCACUUGGCUGUAAGCAUUUCCUUAAACAAUUCCAAAUGGCCCAUCCUUUAACUGGCAGGGCAGGGGCACAUGCCUAAGAGGGCUGUGACGAUCCUCAAAUUCCUGCAUGUCUGAUCCCGUGUUCAUCACAUAGCCAAUAUGUGCCUGCUUUAAUUGUCCAUCAGCUGUUUAGAUCUGACCGCAUGGCCCAGUAGAAACCUGCUAGCCUAGCGCUACUUAUCAUUAGCCAGCUAGCCCCUCAUCUCCUCUGCCUCCUUCAGCUCUAUUUGUUCGGUUUCUGGGGCUCUCCUCAGAACACUGACCCCUAUUAUCCCCCAUGGCAGGGCUUAAACCAAACCACCUUCCACUGCUAAACGAAGGACUGCUGGCUUGCCACCAUUUCAUAGCCUGCAGCUAGUCACCACUACUGCUAUACUGUGCUGCUUUGGCUAUUCUUUGCCAUCUUACAUUGCAUACUUAGGCUAGGGAUGGAUGAAUUCUAUCCCACCUUACAGAACAGGCUCACCCAGAUGAUGGUUUUUAUGAUGGAGUACAGUACAGAGGUGAGAGACAUUAUAAAUAAUUUAGAGGAGCGAGUAGUGAUAGGGAGUGCCUUUGCGUGGCUCUUUCACCACCAUCAGAGUAGGUAUUGUGGCCUACUGUACUGUAAGGCUGGGUGAUGUUUUUAGUGGCUAUGGUUGGAGUUGGAGUAUUCGGAUACGGGUUGUUUUGCGUGUUUGGCUCUAGGCCCAACUGCAUGCUGUAUAAUGCAGUUCAAUGAACUGACACUGAAAUACAUCACGACAGAGAUUAUCCCUGUUAGCCUUGUUGUAGCAUGUUUUCUCACUUUUAACUGUUUUUAACUCUAAUUUUAACUCUGUUUUUAACUCUCAUUUUAACUCUGUUUUUAACUCUCAUUUUAACUGUGUUUUUAACUCUCAUUUUAACUCUGUUUUUAACUCUCAUUUUAACUCUGUUUUUAACUCUCAUUUUAACUGUGUUUUUAAAUCUAAUUUUAACUACCUCAGCCCAUAUGAUCAUAAGCCAUUCUAGUAGCUAUCCUGUCCAGGUUUAAGCAAGCUGAUAAUGUCGAAUACCUACAUUCCUGAUUACACAUGUGUAAUACAUUACAAUCUUUCUGUUUUACCCUAUCCUAUUUCACAGCUGAGCACCCUGUUGUAAUGGGAUGGUCUUAGGAGGUGUUUAUUGUAAGCUUGGACAUGCUUCAUUACAUGGAACAUUAGGAGUCCCUGGACUAACCAUUGACAAUAAUGCAGGUGAUGCAGUCUGUCCCAGUGAUGUCAGAUUGUCACAGUCCAACGUACUACAGACCUCCUCACUGACACCUUGUUUUACCCAUCAGGGUGCAAAGACAUCCACAGAGCCCCCGAUAGCGCCCCCUGUGUCGGAGGAGGAUGAUGAGGAGGAGGAAGAGGAGGAGGAGGAGGAGGAUGACGAUGAGCUACCGCCUGUCAUCGCACCUCGACCUGAGCACACUAAAUCUGUGAGUCACACUGAGGUUAUGAACGAUGACUUAAAACCUUGUUACAGAUCUACGCUAGACAGACUUACAGUCUUACCACCUCAACAACUCAACUCACUACAGAGCUGUAGAGUAUGCUUGUUUUCCUGCUCCUCUCUGACUGUGUCCUGCUCCUCUCUGACUCUGACUGUGUCCUGCUCCUCUCCGUACAGAUAUAUACCCGCUCUGUCAUCGAGCCCUUGGCGCCUCCCGCCCCUGUGAAGGAGGUCACAACCCCACCGGAGUCCCAGGUCCAGCCAGAGAACACGUCCAGCACUCUGUACCGCCACACCGACCGGCAGAAGAAGAAGUCCAAGAUGACAGACGAGGAGAUUCUGGAGCGACUGAGUAUGUUGUCUCUCUGUGGACCUAUGGAGCAUGGAGAGUCCCAUAGAGAGUAUGCUGUAACUGUACUGUGA